AUGGCAGACUCGGGUCUUGACGCUGCUGCCCCCGCUCCUGUGGAGCACCUGAACAUUAAAGUCACCGAUAACAACAACGAAGUCUUCUUCAAGAUCAAGCGGUCCACGCAACUCAACAAGCUUAUGAACGCCUUCUGCGAGAGACAAGGAAAGCAGCUGUCUACGGUCCGUUUCCUCUUCGACGGUACUCGUGUACGCCCGGAAGAUACCCCCGAUACGGUACGCCUUCCCCAACCAACUGUCCCAAAGCACGGCGCUAACAUCCCUCUGAAUCAGCUGGACAUGCAAGACGGCGAUACGCUCGAAGUCCACCAGGAGCAGAUUGGCGGCGGCUGCCUCUGA